AUGGCUGACCUGCAAAAAAGCAUCGACAUGGUCCUUGGCACCCUGACCAUCCUCAACUUCACUACGCAUCCACUUCCAGCUUGUGCGAGCGAAAUCUCGCCCACACAGAAUCCUGUGCUAGAGAGCCGAUCCGCUCCACCGGAGCUUCACGAGCAGGCUGGCCGAGAACUCGUAUCGGUUGACUGGGGUCUAGCCAACUCGACAGGCUCUCCCGCAGGUCCGCAGUUCCCAACCGGAGGCGAUGUCUUCCGGUCGUCGGUUCCAACAACUUGUUGCUGCCGGCCGCAGUCGCACGAUUCCUAUAGCGAAUGCUUCGAGUACACUGUCUAUACUGCCUUAAUGAACGCCCACUAUGCCCCGCAGCAGUUCUCUUGCCCAACGGAAACCAUCCCGCGCCUUCCAUUCCUCCAGGCCCUGCUUUUAAUUAGAUACGGCGAAAACGUCGUCUCGCAGCUCCGCACAACCGAGAUCCAAGACAAUAUGUCAUACCCAAUCUGGGCUGACUUCGUGCAUUUCCCACGGCUACGGGACGCGUUGGUGUUAGAUUCAAUCGAGUACGUGAAGAACGAGCUCAACGUGGACUACGCGGCAUCUAACCAAAUUGGCCGAGUUCGCGCCCGAUUCUCGUGA